GACUCGGCCCGUGGCGCUGCGGGAGAGGGUGCGGCGGGUCGCCGGGCCGCAGAUCCCAGUGCCGACCGGCUCCGCGCCAAGUCCGGCCCCCGGCUCCGGAGGCGGCCCGAGCUCCGGCCGGCUAUGAAGAGCGAACCUUCGGUCUCCGCAGCCCCCCUCAAGGGGAGCGGCGAGCCUCGGCGGGCGGCUGCGGCCCCGGCCCCGCCGCGGCUGCUGCUGGAGGAGGCGAGCGACCUGCUGGUGGUGCACCUGGACUUCGGCGCGGCGCUGGAGGCCUGCGAGCGGGCCCUGCGCGGCCUGCCCGGCGGCCCCGGGGCCCCGCGCAGCCCGCCCGGCGACCCUUCGGCGGCGGAGCCCGCGGGCGCCUCCAUCGAGGUAAAAUGCUCCCUGUGUGUUGUGGGAAUCCAGGCUCUGGCAGAAAUGGAUCGGUGGCGAGAGGUCCUCUCCUGGAUCCUUCAGUAUUACCAGGUUCCUGAUCUACCCCCUAAAGUCUUGGAACUGUGCAUUCUUUUAUACAGCAAAAUGCAAGAACCUGAAGUUAUGCUGGAUGUGGUCAGUGCCUGGCUCCAGGACUCGGACAACCAAGGUCUUCCAGAAUAUAGAGCUGUGGCUGAGCUGCACUUGCGGCGGGUGCUGCUGCCCCUGGGCCGAGUGUCUGAGGCUGAGGAAUUUGUGAUGGGCUUUAGAGCCUUGGGCGAGGAGCAGCUGCAAAAAUUUCUCCAGGCUGUACAUACCACAAGACAACAGCUCAAAGAGAAGCACUCAGGCGUCCUGGAGACCCAGAAGCUGAGCCAGGAAGGGUCAUUCUCCCACAAGCUCCUGUCACUGCUGACACUGCUUCGUCAGCUUUGGGACUCUGCAGUGAGCCGCCUCCUGUCUCUGCCCUUGAAGAAGAGCCUGUUGGCUGCCCUGAUUCUCUGUCUCUUGGUGGUGAGGUUUGACCCAGCUUCUCCUUCCUCCCUGCCCUUCCUCUACCAGCUGGCUCAGCUCUACCGCCGGAUCAGGAAGGCCACACUUGCUCACCUCCACCUGCUUUCCCUCCAUGAUUAAGCGGUCCUCCCUGGCUGUCUUGGCCUCCAAUUGUCCACCCCUCUGAAGCAGAAUAGGUGCGCUCAUGAUCUAGCCCCCUGAGAAUGUGUCUGGCCUGUGCUAGAAAGAGCAACAGAGCUGGGAGGCCUUCUGUGGCUCUUACCCCUCCUUUCUGCAUCUCACUGGCUGGCCUUGGGGUCAACAUGGGCAUAGCAGAACUUGAGCCCCAGCUAUCUGAAACAACACCUCUUACACCAGCAGAUAUUGGGAAAGGAAGGAGGGAUUUGGGAACUGGGAGUUUUUCCCAGAAAUAUUCCAUUUUUUUUCAAAGGCAAGUGUUGACUUUCAAGGUCAAGGUGUCUAGGGAACUGGAAAUUCAGAAAAAUCCUAGUGGAGUGACCUUUGGCCUUUCACUUCCCU